CACCRCAGCUGUCAGCAAACGUUUCUUGCCACCAUCAGAAAGAACAAAACACACACCAACCAUGGGUCGUUUUACCUCCGUCCAGAUCAUUUCCGACAACCACUCCAGCAACCGAACGAUCACGUACGAUCAGGCCAGGGGGGCGUCGGCAUCGGUUGGAGGCGGCGAAGGAAGCAUCCAGGACAAGGACAAGAACAACAGGGACGACAAAGGCAGGAACAACAACAACAACAACAACAACAACAACAACAACGAGCGGCUCGUCACGGAAAAGGUCGUGAACCCGUACGGAUCGACGAGCGGUGCCGGGUCCGGCGAGUUUCACGUCUACCGCCACGCGAGGGCCCGGGAGACCGCCCGGUGGAACGCCCUUGACGCGGAGGCAUCCAGGCGGGCCGAGGAGGMGGRCUUUCGGGCCUCGCUGGAGGCCGACCGGGCCACCGUCGAGCGCAGGGCCGAGAAGAACCGCCGGAAGCGACAGCGGGAAAAGGACGCCAGAAAGCGCAAGAAGCACCUGAGGGCGGCGGGGAUCGGGACGGACCGGGACGGUGUCGGUGGGAGUGCCGGCACGAACCACAAUAGCAACAACAACAACAACAACAACAGCAGCAUAGACGACGAAGAAUUCACGUACGUUCCCCUGGCGGAGCAGAGGCGGAUAGAGGAGAAGGCUAAGGAAACGGAUGCGGGGCAAUUGCAGCGAGCACCGGAGGACAAACCGGAGAUGCCCAUGGCCAUUCCCACCGACGGAUCGUUUCUGGAAGUGAUGAAGCGAAAACUAGAGGAGGAACAACKGGCGGCGAAGGAACGCACGGACAACGAAAACGGCAACGGAAACAACGAGGAGCAGAAGCAAGGCCCGGAACCCCCCGUCCCCACAGACAACAACAAUGACGACGACGACGACGACAGCGAGGGCCCCGCCCCGCCACCGGCCGUCUGACGCAACACAACGCAACACAACGCAGCGCAAUCGUGUCGUGCACCACGCCGAGUAGUGCCAUGCGGGCGGGGCACCCGAGAAACGAAACGAUGCACGCCUCCGCGUUUUGCCAGCCAUGGCACGGUGCCGUGGCCCGGUGCACGGGGCAUCGAGGCUUGCGCGUGCAUGCCUACAGAUCUAAAUAUAUACACGCGCACGUA